AGUUCUCAAAUACUACUCCACUCCCCACUCCCUUCAUCACUGUUUCAACUUUCAUCCCAUUUCCAUUAAUCAAUUCCCCAAAGCUUCGAAAAAUGGCGUGGAUCCGCCUUCAAUACGUCUAAUUGGAGAAUCUAUACAACACUAACUACACACGAAUGGAACCAAAACCCUAUGCAAAUAGGCAGCAUCAUCAUCAUCAUCAUCACCAUCAUCACAGGGCGUACGGUGGCGGAGGGGGAGGUCCGAGCCCGAUGGAAAUGACGGCGACGAGGCAACCACCUCAGCUGUCGCAAUCUCAGCUUCAAAUCUCCGAUAACGACCGUAGCAGCAGUGAGCUACGCGCACUGGAUUGCAACCUCACUUCCCUCUGCGAUCACAUCCAAUUGGAGGGCUUCAACAAUGGCUCCUUCUCCGAUAUUGUCGUUCAAGCCAUGGGUUCCACCUACCACCUCCACCGCCUUAUCCUCUCCCGAAGCUCUUACUUCAGGAACAUGUUGCAGGGACCUUGGAAAGAAGCAAGUGCUCCGGUUUUGACCUUGAAUGUGGAUGAUAAUAAUGUCAAUGGGGAGGCUAUUGAACUAGCUCUUGCUUAUCUUUAUGGACACCACCCCAAGCUCAGUGAUAAUAAUGCAUUUCGAGUUCUUGCCGCUGCAUCCUUUCUUGACCUUCAGGAUUUAUGUGCAAUAUGCACGGACUUCAUCAUUUCAGAGCUAUGGACAUCAAACUUCUUAACAUACCAGGUGUUUGCAGAGAGCCAAGAUUAUGGAAUACAUGGAGAGCGAGUUAGAAAUGCUUGUUGGGGAUAUCUUUGUCAAAGUGGUGCCAUGGAGUUGAAAGAGGUCCUUCCUAAGCUCUCAUCUCAAACAUUGCAUGCUCUGCUUACCUCUGAUGAAUUGUGGGUACCAAGUGAAGAGAAACGAUUUGAACUGGCUUUAUAUAGUCUUCUUGCUAGAGGUGCUAUGUGCAACACGGUGCAUCAUGAGCGGGGAAGUUGCAGUUCUUGCACUGAUGCAGGAACAAGUACUUAUUCAGAUGCUUCCAGAGUGAAGGCUAAGAACUUGCGUGAUGGCGGCACUGAUAAACUGAUGGAAUCUGAAUUGAGGAAUCUAAGCUUAAAAGAUGGACAAGAAAGUCAUAAUACUGCUCAUAAUAUUCUAGUUGAGCUUGCAGACUGUGUUGUUGAUUCUGUCACUGAGGUACAUAACAAACAACCUUUGCAAGAAGCGGUUUGCAUUCAAACCAACUUGGAAUCUAGAUAUGGAUGCAACAUAGGACAAGCUUCAUCAAGUAACUCAUUUUUAUACACUGGUGAAGUUGGAUCCUCAUGUUCUUUUAUUGAAAUGCCAAUAAGUGGUGGAGCAAGUAGGCUAGGGAGCAAUGGUAUGUCUAUGGAAGGGCCAUCAGAAGAAGAUCCAUGCUAUCAAUUAAACAAUACAUCUUGGCUGUCUGCAGACCAAAGCAACUGCGCACCAAUGAGUGCAUCUGGUGAUGUGCUUAUACCCAGUGAUUGGGGAAGAUGCAACAUGCCCUCCCUAUCUUGGGGUGGUAGGACCGUGGGACGAAGAGAGGUGAAAACUUGCUUAAAUGGACAUUGCGGAAUUAACAGAGAUGAUUAUGAUGCCUUUGUCAAUAUUUUUGAGGGAGGAUCUCUAUUGUAUUGUAACAUGUCUUUUGAGGCACUUCUAACUGUGAGAAAGAAGCUGGAAGAAUUGGGAUUCCCUUGCAAAGCUGUGAAUGAUGGGCCUUGGCUGCAGAUGCUCUUGAGCCAGCGAGUGCAAGAAAUUGGUGCAGAUACAUGCAAAAGUUGCUGUCUUGUGAGUAUGGCAUGUGCCUGUAGACAGCCUUUUGGAUAUUCACGCAAUGUUGCAGCUACUGGAUAUUACAUGACAGAGCAUGAUCAGGGCAAUCCACCUACCAAUGCUGGUAAUGUGUAUGUCAAUGAUUCUGUCCAUCGUGAAGGAAAUGGUCUCUUUAGGCCCGUACGUGUUCAUGUUAGGGGGCCUAUUGAUGGGUUGGCUGGAAUUGGGCGUGGGAAUACAUUUGUUCCUGCAGCUGCAUGGCCCCCAACACGUUUUGUCUUCUCUCGUGUACCAUAUGGGAUGGGUAAUCGUAACUGUCAGCAGUCUGUUGGUAAUGAUGACCCAGAAAAUAGAGGGGACCACAAUGCAGACCUUGCUGGGGAUGGCUUGACAGCUUUGGUUGGUCUCAGCCAGGAGGGAAGUAAUAUGGCUACUAUUUGUGGGGAGCAGUUAGAAAGGGGUUAUGAUGUGGAUCUUCAGAGCAGGAUGGUAGGAUCAUCAAUAUCUGUACCUAAUGUUAGUAGUAGUAUUUCCUCACAAAUGUUAGAUUCUGGGCGUACUGUUGGAAUCGAGUGGGAGAAUGACAAUAGUUCUAUAUCAUUGGAUAUGAAGACACCCUUAAGUCAUUUUCCUCCUUUUCGGUUUGGGGUUGAAUUUCAAGAUGUGCUCAGGCUCAAUGAUGGUCAAGUCAAGCAUUCACCUGAGUUUUUUUAUGCUGGUUCUUUGUGGAAGGUCAGUGUCCAGGCCUUUAGUGAUGAAGACCCACAGGGACGCCGGACUCUUGGGCUUUUUCUUCAUCGACGGAAGGCAGAAAUAACUGAUCCAGCUAGAAAGGUGCACGUGUAUGUUGACUCUCGUGAAAAGGUCACUGCUCGCUAUCAGUUGAUUUGUCCAUCCAAGAGAGAAGUGAUGGUAUUUGGAAGCUUCAAACAGACGGGAACUCUUCUCCCCAAAGCUCCCAAGGGAUGGGGCUGGCGUUCAGCCUUGUUGUUCGACGAACUCGCGGAUCUUCUCCAAAACGGGGCACUACGAGUGGCUGCCGUUGUACAGCUAAUCUGAUGCUCUAGGUAAAUAACACGCAAUACCAAACACUUACUAAAAACAUACUCUCAAGAUUUUGAUGUGUUCAGAUGGAAUUACAGCUAAAUUAAUUAUACUUUUGCAAAACUGACGCCUGUCAAAUUUUCAAGGUAUUCAAGCCAUUAUUUUCCCGGCUUAACACUCUCGUGGCUAAACAGAUACUGUUGUAGUGUACUAGUGUUGUGUAUAGUUAUCCCAGUUAUAUGUUGCCUGUGUAGCAAGGAAGCUAAAACAGUCCUUGUCAAAUUGAAUACUUGCUGCAUAAGUUCUGAGUAAAAUAUUACCUGUUCUGUGUA